GGCACUUCCUCCUUCCUACCCACAGUGGCUGCGCCGAAAGCCAGCCAGUCUGCCGGGACGUCUCGCGUUCGUGGCGAUGGGGACCCCGAGGCUCGUCAGAGGCCGUCUCGUGUGACUCCCGACUUCUCCGCGGCUCUUUCCUGGGGCUCAACAGCGACGGCCAAUGUCGCCGGGUUCCGUCGGGGACACCACUCAGCCGUAGCGUAGCCCCCCCCCUCCCUCUCUCCCCCUUUUCUGCCGCAAUGGCAGCGACGUAGCGCAACUUUUGGAUCCGCGGUGGGUGAUCGACAGCGCUCGGAGGCGCCGCUAACUUUUACAGGACUUGUGGGACACGCAGAGGGGAUCUAACGACAUGAAGAAGCAGUUUAACCGCAUGAGGCAACUUGCCAACCAGACUGUCGGAAGGGCUGAGAAAACCGAGGUGCUGAGUGACGACCUCCUACAGAUCGAGAGGCGGAUGGAGCUGGUGCGUCUGGUGUCGCACAACGCACACAAGAGGCUGGUGUCAUGUCUGCAGGGUCAACUUGGCACAGACACUGAAAAGAGACAUAAAAAGCUGCCCCUGACGGCGCUGUCCCAGGCCAUGCAGGAGGGUGGCGGUCAGCUGGGAGACGAAAGUCUGAUCGGCAAGAUGAUGGAUGUGUGCGGGGAGGCAGAGAGCAGGUUAGCCACUGAACUGAUGCAGCAUGAAGUGCAGAUCGAGAGGGACAUCCUGGAUCCCCUUAACCAGCUGGCAGAGGUGGAGAUUCCCAAUAUACUGAAACAGAGGAAGCAACUUGCCAAGCUGGUUCUGGACUAUGACUCUGCCAAGACAAGGUGGUACCAGGCAGCAAAAUCCAACAACCAGGCCAUGGCAGCUAAGGCCGAUUCUCUCAAAGACGAGAUGGACGAGGCUCUGAACAAAGUAGAGAUAUGCAAGGACCAGCUCUCUGCAGAUAUGUACAACUUUGCUUCCAAAGAGGGAGAGUAUGCACGCUAUUAUGUCAUGUUAUUAGAGGCCCAGGCAGACUACCACAGGAGGUCUCUGGCAGCACUGGAGGCAGCUAUACCAACAAUCCAAAUGCAGCAAGACUCCUGGAUGGAGAAGCCAGCGUUUGGUACAGCCCUGGAGGAGCACCUGAAGAGGAGUAACCGUGAGAUCGCUCUGCCUAUUGAGGCCUGUGUCAUGAUGCUGCUGGAAACUGGCAUGAAGGAGGAGGGACUCUUCAGAAUAGCUGCUGGAGCUUCAAAGCUGAAGAAGCUCAAAGCAGCGCUGGAUUGUUCAACCUCGCAGCUCGAAGAAUUUUACUCUGAUCCCCACGCCGUCGCCGGAGCUCUCAAGUCCUACCUCAGGGAACUCCCUGAACCUCUAAUGACUUUUGGCCUGUAUGACGAGUGGCUACAGGCCUCCAAUGUGUCAGACCCUGACAAGAGGCUUCAGGCCCUGUGGGUGACAUGUGACCGCUUGCCAAAGACUCACAGAGCCAACCUCAGGUAUCUGGUGAAGUUUCUUGCUAAACUCGCUCAGGACAGUGAGGUUAAUAAAAUGACUCCCAGCAACAUUGCCAUAGUCCUGGGACCCAACCUGCUCUGGGCAAAGACAGAAGGGACGCUGGCAGAGAUGGCAGCAGCUACAUCUGUCCACGUGGUCGCCAUCAUUGAGCCCAUUAUCCAGCAUGCUGAUUGGUUCUUCCCCGAAGAGGUGGACUUCAACGUCUCGGGCAUGUUUGCCAUGCCCACCCACCCAGCCACCCCAGACCCGGAACCCGGCCUGGAUAGGAAACGCCCUGGCAGCCUAGUUGGGCAGGACGGGGACAGUCACACUCCCCGUAAAGACAGCACUGUUAACAAACAGCCGGAGCCCACUCCACGUAGAACCAGCGCUGUAAAUAGAAAGCAGCCUCACCUAACCUCACCCACCUUCCAACCCCCACUGCCCCCUCUGGAAGCCGGGGGUCCUACCCAGCCCGAGCCCCAGCCCCAGGCUCCAUCCCCGGCUGCAGAGGCUGACCAGCCUCGCUUGAGUGGAGCUGGUAGUGCUGGUGGUGGUGUUGGUGGUAGUGGUCUGGGAGGUGGGGUCCAGGUAGCUACAGUGCAACCUCAGGUUGUAACCCAGCUCAGCGCAGAGGAGAGCAGCCCAGCCCGUGAACUCAUGUCCACCCCCCCUCCCCAGAGGAAUGGUUCGGUCCAUCUUACAGUAGGAACCCCCCACUCUCAGGGUGGGUCUAGGGUGCCGAGUCCACACAUGGUCCGCAGAGGCACCAAGAAGCAGGCCCCAGCCCCCCCAAAACAGGCCAGCCCCUUCGCUUCCCAGCCCAGUAACACCCAGACACCCGGCUCUCCUCAUCACCCACCCAUCACACCCCGACGCCACCCCAGCAAGGAAAACCCAAUCCACGCCCCGAGCCACCCACCCCCGCAGCCUCCACAACCCCACCAGGCCCAGGGGGAGUCAGAGUCUUCUCCCCCCAGCACUCCCACCCCUCCUGACACUCCACCUCAUGAUGGACAACACGCCAACCCGCUGUCGUCCUACCACUCUGGAUCCCUCCCCCGCCCCUCUAGGCCGGCUCCAAGGCCGAGACCCCGACCCAGCAUGCCACCACCCCCGCAACCUGCAGCGAAUGACAAUGGAAACGGACUCUGCAGCUCCGCUUCCAAGAUCAUAACAGACGGAGGCCUGGUCCUAAAGGGGAUUGGACGGGCCCUUAUCCCUGAGGUGAUUGUGGACCAACAAGGGGAGAGCUCUGCUGGCGAAGAGCCCGCCUCCACCCUAGACCCUCGCAUCCAGACAGAGAGCACCACUCUGUGAAAAAAAAAAAAAGAAAAAAAAGGGGGGGGGGGUCGCUCUCAUUGAAAUCCUCCCUCACUCAGCUGGUCCAGAUUUGAAAGUCUAGAAUCACAUAUCAGACAGGUAACGCAAAAAGCACCAGUUCACUCCAGCUCUUCACGCUCCACUCACAUGAUGCCAGACUGCUUUCUGGAAAAAUAAAAAAUGGCUGCCCUUUCUUCUGUUAUACUGACUCAAAACAGAAACCUCAUCUUAUUACAGUGUUGGUUUAAACCACCAGAGCCCUGUCCUUCUCUUUUCAUAUUAGACUUCACAUUGAACUCUUUACGCUCCAUAUACCGCUGGGUAUUUUGAGAUUGGACUGCAGAGCCUUGCUUAGACACAAGGCUUAUGGGACUUAAACAUAUAACCUCAACAAUAUAGAAGCUGAACUCCGAGAGUCCUGGUGAAGCGUUCAAAGCUUUCAUGUGCCCCUUGCUUCUUUUUAAAGUCUUGCUAAUGAUACUAAAGAUUCAGUGCCGACAGAGAUCUGGGAAUCUGGUUUUAGCACCAGGUCUGACCACAUACACCCGAUGACUAGUAUUUUUUUUUUUUUUUUUUUUUUUAGCAGCACAGUUGUGUGGAGCUCUUUGAGUGUUAGCCAGCCACUGAUGAUCUGUUUAUCAUGAAACAGAAUCACAUUCAGAUAUAUUUCUUUAUCCGCUUGUCACUCUCACCUGACUAAAUGUGAUGUUCAGCUGCGAAGGGCUUUUGAAUAAUUGUCACACACUUCAGCACCAUACUACAAAGGACCAAAGACAUGGCUAUGGGCCAAAGGAAAUUAAAUUCAAAUUUAGAGCUGCUUGCUUUGUCUUAAGGUUGUUAAUGACCAAAUAUUUUGGCAAGAGUGCAAUAUAAAAAUGCAGUCGUCUUCUAGUAUUGUCCUCUCCACAGGACACACACCAAUCUUUGGCAUUUCUGGCCAUUUCCUUUACUUCAUUAUAUCUAAUGAUCCAGUGGGUUAGAAUUUAAUAUUGUUUUCCAUCUGAUUUUUUUUUUUUUUUUUUUUUUUAAAUUUCAGCUGACUUGAUUUACCAAGUUUAAAAUUGCUCAAAGAUUAGCUUUUAUUGUGAAAAGGGAUUUUUUUUUUUUUUUAUAUAUAUUAUACCAAAUGCACUGUAAUAAAAAGAAACUGAUUUUCAUUUACAUGGCUUAUAAGUGAUCACGCGCACGCAAGCUCUAACCAAAUGCAGCCAAAUAAUUGAAAUCUUCUGUAUAAUUUUUACUACCGCUGACAAUAUUUACCUUGUUGGGGUAUUUUUCAGCUCUUUGAUUAUGUUUUUUUUAUUUUUCCCCCUCUGCAUUUUCGUGGUGUUUUUUUUUUUCUGCAUAUAUUGCAUCAUACAGUGCAUUAUUACUCUUAA